AUGGCGGUGGAUCAGCCUGGCAGGAGGCUGUAUAACGUUAGAGAUCCCGUGCUGCAGGAGAACGUGUCUGUGUUGGUACAGAUUGACGCUCAGAAGGAAACAAGGUCAUCACCGUCCGAUCUCCGCUACAGGUGUCAGCUCUUCCUCCAGCCAGCUGGGCACCUGGAGGGCCAGUACGGCCCGUCGUCUACCUGUAUCGCCUGGAAGGAGCAGGUCCACCUGAGCUCUGAGGUGCGGUCCCUUCUCCAGUGUCCGUCGGCAGACAGCAGCUUCCUGCCCCUCCAGGUGACCACCUUGGCCACACCAGAUCAUCUGUCCUUCAUUUCCUCCCAGCGAGAGGACGACUGGGACCCUGCCUACGUCAUCCACCUCCACCCAGCUGUGACCCUCCGGAACCUUCUGCCUUACAGCAUCAGAUAUCUACUGGAGGGCUCAGCAGAGUUCCAUGAGCUCCAGGAAGGCAGUACGGCAGACGUCCUGAACGCCCGUAUAGGAGGACAUGCAGGAGUUCUUCCCGUGUGCUUCACCUGCGACUCGGCCGAGAAGCUGAGCGUGGAUCUGAGCGUGCACGUGGCGCGGCUGCAUGGACGUCUGACGCUGGCUGUGUUCAGCCCGUACUGGAUCGUCAAUAAGACGUCCAGGGUUCUGCAGUACCGCGCGGAGGACGUCUCCGUCAAACACGCGUCGGACUUCAGGGACGUCGUCCUCUUCUCCUUCAAGAAAAAGAACAUCUUCAGCAAGAACAAGCUGCAGCUCUGUGUGUCCACCAGUUCCUGGUCUGAUGGCUUCUCAUUGGAUACGGUGGGGAGUUAUGGGUGUGUCAGAUGCCCUGCCAACACCAUGGACUAUCUGGUUGGCGUCAGCAUUCAGAUGAGUAGUUUCAACCUGACCAAGAUGGUGACCAUGAGUCCGUUCUUCACGUUGGUCAACAAGUCUUCCUACGAGCUGGAGGUGGGAGAGGUGCAGACAGAGGAGGGCAGCGUCAACGGGAAGUGGCACUACAUCUCCUCUACAGAGUGCCUCCCCCUCUGGCCAGAGUUGAUCACAGGGAAGCUGUGUGUCAGGGUCGUGGGCUCAGACUCCAAGUCCAAGUCCUUCUUCUUCAACAAACAGGACAACGGCACCCUGCUGGGCAUGGAUCAGUAUGGAGGUGUGUUAGUCGAUGUGAACAUCUCAGACAACUCUACUGUGAUCAGCUUCACUGACUAUUAUGAUGGAGCUGCUCCAGCUCUCCUAGUCAACCACACACCCUGGGUUGUCAUCACCUACAGACAGAGCGGUUCCACAGAGAGCAGAGCGCUGAAUCCAGGAGAAGCCCAGAGGUUUGCCUGGGACAACCCUGCAGGGGUCCGCAAACUCAGCUGGAAGUGUCAGGAGCACAGCAGUGGAGACCUGGACCUGGUUAAGGAUGAGUGUGGUCAGUUUGCGUACGACGGUCUAUCCCAGGUCCACUGGGUGUCCUUCCUGGAUGGUCGCCAGCGCGUGCUGCUCUUCACCGAGGACGUUGCCGUGGUGACCAAGGCGCGGCAGGCGGAGGAGCUGGAGCAGUUCCAACAGGAAGUGAACGUGUCGCUGCAGAACCUUGGCCUGUCACUCGUCAACAACGACAACCGCCAGGAGAUCGCAUAUGUCGGCAUCACCAGCUCUGGUGUGGUGUGGGAGAUGAGACCUAAGAGCCGAUGGAAGCCUUUCAACCAGAGGAACAUCAGGCUGUUGGAGAAGGCCUACCAGAAACACCUGGCUGGAGGCACACCUGAGCCCGGCUGGGUCAAACUGGAGACCAGCUUAGAGGUGAACUUUGGGAAGGUUCCCAUGGUGAUGCGUCAGCCCUUUUCCAGUACUAUCAGGAGGAACUUCCUGUCUGGGAUUCAGGUGGAGUUUAAACAGUCGCCUCAUCAGAGAAGUCUCCGGGCCCAGCUACACUGGCUACAGGUGGACAACCAGCUGACUGGAGCUUUAUUCCCCAUUGUGUUCCACCCUGUUCCUCCUCCAAAGUCCAUCGCUCUGGACUCAGAACCAAAGCCUUUUAUGGACGUCAGCAUCAUCACCAGGUUUAACCAACACAGUCAGGUCACGCAGUUCAAGUACUUCAUGGUUCUGGUCCAGGAGAUGGCUGUGAAGAUUGACCAGGGAUUCCUGGGAGCCAUCUUGGCCUUGUUCACCCCAGCUGCCGAAUCGCAUGUGGACAAACAGAAGACCAAGCUGAUAGAGAAGGACUUGGCGAUGUUACAGGCUGAAUUGAUGGAGCGUCCAUGACCGACAACUCAGGCCU